AUAGUCUGUUAAAAUACGAUCAAAACAGGUGAUAGUGAAAUUUGCAAACAGAUAAAUUAAUAUUAAACUAAUAAGGAAAUACGAAUUUUCAAAGUGUCUUUGUCUAUGAAAUUAUAAUUAAACAUGGCGAAUACCAACUCUAGCGCGGUAUUCUUCUUGGGUACCAGGGCUCACUAUCAGGUCUUAGACCCAGAGACCUACGACAGUGGAAACACUUCCACAGAGACGUUGUGUCAAAAUGAUGAACAGCUGUGGAAGGACCAGGGUAACGAGAGCCCCAAUUGUAAUCAAUCCGGCUGGUGCUACGGGUCUGAUAUAAAUGUGAACUUCGACACAGGCGUGAAGAAAAGAUUGAACAGACAUGAUGAAGCGACUUCUGACAUUGAUCCUGCUCUUUUGAAUAUGUCACAAGAGAGUGAUCUUGAGAAAGACAAACCACGUCGCAAGUUCCUCUCUUUUCUCUCAUCUCUUACACGGCGUAAGAGACAGAGUAACGUGCAGUACCUGCAGCACCUGGAGAACGUUCUGACCACCUGCACCUAUAGGGAGAGUUGCAGGUGCCUGGAUUGUCAGAGUCGCUACUUCGAAUAUGACAGCGAACCCGAAGAUGUAUCCGAAGACGACGAGAUGUAUGCGUAUUCAUACUCAGUUCAAGAUCAAUCUGAGGUCAUGGCUGAUGAUGACUCCAAUGAAGAGCUUUUUUUAUCAUACAACGAGGAUAACACGUCCACAGAUUUACUCAUAGACGAUCCAGAGACAAUGACGACGGUGUCAAGUUCGAGUGAAGAGCCCGAGGAGAAGCGAACUGAACUGGAAGUGGCUGCAAGCACUUCCGCCGUUCUAAAUGUUUUAUUAUUUCAUCCUGCUUGUAUUGUGCAGUAAAUUUGAUUUUGUGUUUCUUUAUUUAUCGGGUAUUGGGACUUAGGCCUUAGGGGCAAGUGUUAUGCGGCGGCAUAGGCCAUAGCGCGGGUUUCGGCCGAUAGAAAAUGUUGCCUCAUAUAUUUCAAUGUAUAUUAUACAUUACAUAGAUUCUAGAGAACUUUUCAGCAAGAACAGUCAUCAUUUUGCAUUAUACAUGUGAGGUUUUAAAAUAAAAUAAAAACCUUGAAUUGUUAAUCGUUCUAGCUGCUUAUAAAAUAAUAUGGAGAAUCCCGCAAGUCAGAGCGUUGCCAUCAGUCUCUACAAAAUAUAUAAAGAAGGGAUUCACAAAUCGUCACGAAUUUGACACUGUACUAACAUUUUUAUUAUUGAGAAAUUUAGCCGCCUCCACGCUACGCCUCUUAGUAAAGCUAUUCUCUGUAAUGCUGAAUAUUUUCUACUUGUGAUGGAAGGUGACCUUACAGGACAUGUAAGGAUAUUCUGUAAACUUGGGAAGAUAUAAAUUGUAUUAUUAUAGUGACUCGUAUGUCAAAAUAUGAUAAUGUCAUAAUCAAUAUUUUUGACAUACGAGAAAAGACUUAAGUAUUAUUAUUAUAUAAUUAUCCGAUAUUAAGUAUACAAUAAUGUCUGACAACUAGAGCGUAUUUCAAGUUCAGAUGGCAGACAAAAUUGCGGAUUGUGACGCACUCAAUUGCGCCUGUGAAGCACUGUGAAAAAUUUUUGCUACAAAAUAAGUAUUAUUAUAGAGUUGCUAAUAGUGAAAUAAUAAAAUUAUAGAGUUUUCGAUGGUAUGUUGUAGGAACUAGUCUGAAUGACGCCCUUGGAUCGGUCGUGAUGACUUCAAAAUGUUCUUAUACUAGAGUUUAAAUCAAAGGAUCGUGUAAAUUAUGUUAUAAUAAGAAAAUUUCGAUAUUUAUAAGCUAUAGCUUUAAAGAUAUUGAAGUUAUACUUCUUUUGGCGCGUUAGGCAAAAAUUAGUCACAAAAUCAAAAUCAAAAUACGUUUAUUCAAUUUAGAUGCUUCUUAGAGCAUGCUUAUGAAUGUCAACAGACACAAAAACCCGACACAGAAACCCUGUACUUAGUCAUCAUUUUAUUUUGUGAUAUUUAAAAUAAACUUUAUUUAACUAGAUAAUGCGUUAUAAUAAAACUUUCAAUGUAUUAAAUACCUUUUUUCUAUUGUUAGC